CUGACGCCUUCAUCCGGGGCUCGGCUACGUGCACAUUCUCCAACAUGGCGGCAUCAGCUAAGAAAAAGAAUAAGAAGGGGAAGACACUAACUCUGACUGACUUCCUGGCGGAGGAUGGUGGUAGUACUGGGCCACCCAGUUACCCCACUGUAAAGUCAACCAGUUGGGCAGAUGAGACUGAUGACUUGGAUGGAGAAGUGUCUACAUCCUGGCACACUGAGGAAGACUCGUAUCGUGCUCCACCCAUUGACCGUUCCAUCCUGCCCACGGCUCCUCGUGCAGCCCGAGAGCCAAACAUUGAUCGGGCACGCCUGCCUCGGAGUCCGCCCUACACCGCCUUCCUUGGUAACCUGCCCUAUGAUGUCAGUGAGGAAUCAAUCAAAGAUUUCUUUAGGGGCCUGGCGAUCAGUGCAGUGCGCCUACCACGGGAGCCUAGUAACCCAGAGAGGCUGAAGGGGUUUGGCUACGCUGAGUUUGACGAUGUUGAUUCACUCCUGCGUGCACUCACUCUGAAUGAAGAGAACCUUGGAAACAGACGAAUUCGUGUCGAUAUUGCCGAUCAGUCCAAUGACAAAGAGAGGGAUGGCAGUACAUCGUCAGGGCGGGAUCGGGACCGUGGGCGAGGAGGUGAUGGUGGUCCAGAUAAGACUGAUUCAGAUUGGAGAGCCCGGCCCAGUGCAGAGAGUGAUGAUGGGUCACGCAGAGAUGACACCUAUGGGGAGAGGUCACGUGACCGUUACGAGUCCGAUCGAUACAGAGAUGGUCCCCGGCGUGAUGAUCGCUAUGAUGGUGGACGAGAUCGCUAUGGUGGUAGAGAUCGCUAUGAUGAUCGGGAUCGAUAUGACGACCGGGAUCGCAGAGAUCGCUAUGAUGACCGGGACCGCAAAGAUCGUUAUGAUGACCGAGGCAGCAGAGACUAUGAUCGUGGAGGCUAUGACUCUCGUGGCGGGGGCCGCAGGGCAUUUGGAAGUGGCUUUAGACGUGACUACGACGAAAGGCGAGAUGGAGACCGGUACGCAGAUGAUCGCUAUGAAAGACGGGACGAAAGACGUGAAGAGAGAGCUCCUCCCCAGAGGCCCAAACUGAACCUGAAACCCCGCAGCGUACCAAAGGAGGUCGAGCAGAGUGGAGGCUCUUCCCCCCAGAGCAGCACGGCCAACCCCAGCCGCUCCGCCUCUAUAUUUGGAGCAGCCAAACCUGUGGACACAGCUUCCAAGGAGAGAGAGGUAGAAGAGAGGCUGAAGAAGGAGCAGGAGCGACUGCAGAGACAGCUGGAGGAGGAUAAACCCAGAGCUUCGGACAGGCGUCCCCGAGAUCGAGACCCCAGCUGGCGCAGCGAGGGACAGGCCAAUGAGCAUGCAUGCACGCCAAGCGAUUCCGCACAUCCUGGAGAGAAAGAGCAUUCAGAAAAUGAAGUCUUCCAAGAGGAUGAACCUGCCUCCCUCGAGUCCCGCCCACCAGCCUCCUCCAAUCAGGGAGCUCUCCCACUAAAAGCUAUGCCAGCUCCUCCACCUAUGGAGAAUGCAUGGGCCAAGCGGAGUGCAGGAGGUGGCUCUAACAUUUCACCUUCAGCUACACUCAGGCAAAGCAGUUCUUCAAACUUGUCAGAUGAGAAAGUAUCUGGCAAAGAUGAGAAUCGGGUGGAUGGGGUAGGACGGGAGAAAGAUGUGCCUCAGGGAAGAGGAAGAGGAGGAGGAGGAGGAAGGGGUAGAGGAGGGGAUGGACCCAACAGAGAUAGACGACGAGAACCUGCAGACAGGAAAGAAAGCAGACGAGAGAGAGAACCCAGAGCAGUGCCAGAGCCAAAGAAAUAUGAGGAGACUGCACCUCCAAAAUUCAGUUCUGCCAGCAAGUAUGCUGCCCUAUUGAUGGAUGGUGACCAAGGAGAGGAUGAAGAUGGUGAAGAUUAAAAGAAAAUGAAGAAAGUUAGAGUGAACAAGCUGAUGAGAUGACACUGGGAGAAAGUGAACGAAUAAAUAAAUAUUUCUAAUUGUGGGGGAUGGCCAGAGUUCUCAGAGCACUGUUCUUUAUGAAGUUUAUUGAAGUUUCUAAAGUUAUUCCUAAAUUUGACUAGUUUUAAUUAGAAAAAAAAAGAACAGCUGAGAUACUAGACACUCACUCUUACAUUUACUAAUUUGAAAAUCAUUAAUUUGCAAGUAAUUGUUAUAAAUAAAUGUGAAACUAUGUAAAAUA